UUUUUUUUUUUUUAAAUAUGUAAAAGUUAACGCAAACAAACAUAGGUCUGUCCAUUAUGGAGUCAAUUUAACUAUUAAAAAAUAUAUAUUUUUCAAAUUCUUAAAUCAUAAAAAAUUCAAUUGAUUUCGAUUCACUGAGAAAGACAUGGCGGACCCAAUGAUGGACCUUUUUGAUGACCCUAACCUUUUCAACCUUGACCCUUUACCUGACGACACUUUCACUCAGAGCUCGUCGGACCCCAUCGAUGACGCCCUCCGGCUUGCGUUCGGACAGGUGACCACCCCGCCGCCUCCCCCACAGCACGGGGCUCAGGCCUCGCAGCCCCAGCAAGCCGCCCAAACCACACAACCGUAUCUCUCCUUGCAUGAUUACAGCGGACAGACAAAACAGGCAGUCCUGCAGGCGCCUCCUGCGACCACUGCAGUAACAGCUACCGCCUCUAAAGACCCCACCCUGCUGGGGGCGUCCGUUGCGGUGCCUGUCUCCACCUCCACGCUGACCACGGUGGUAAGAAUGCCGUCAGCGGGACUGAAAACCAUCGCAGCUUCUUCAAAUCAGGCGCAUUCACAGACGGUCCCGAAAAUCGUCAUCCUCAAAGCCCCCGCGACCUCGGGAGCAGUCACGUCUCAGGGGCAAAUUCACAUGGUCACGACCAGCAGCGCCGGCAACAAUGGGGGCAAAGUAAUGCUAGGCAAAGUGUUGACAGGAACCCCUCUGCGGCCAGGGGUGUCCAUAGUUUCCGGGGGGACCGUUUUGACCACCGCGGCCACAGGAAAUGCUAAGGGGAGCCUGGUGAAUGCCGGAGCGGGUGGUGCCGGUGUGCAAAGAGUGGUCCAGACCUCGAAUGGACCAGUGAAGCAGGUUCUGCUGCAGGCUGUGCAGACCCAGCAGACCCAGCAGCAGCAGCUCCAGCCAGGGCAGGUGCAGGGCAGCAGCGCCACGCUCAAGGCACCUGGAAUCACUCUCACCUCCAUCCCACAGGGCGAGUCAAAGCGCAUCACCCUGGUCCUGCAGCAGCCCCAGCAGGGAGGCUCAGUGAGCGGGCUGGCCGGAGGGCAGCGCUUCAUCCUGGGGGGCCUGCCUGGGAAGAUAGUGUUGCAGGGGAACCAGCUGGCUGCACUCACCCAGGCCAGGAACAGCGCGCAGGGAGGGGCCGGCGCGGGGGGGCAGCCAAAAGUGGUGACCAUCCAGCUGCAGGUGCAGCAGCAACCCAACUGCAACACCAAGCUGCAGCUGGUAUCUCCCUCUGGUGGCCAGCAGCAGGUACUGCAGUUCAGUCAGGGGCAGGGGCAGGUGCAGGGGCAGAGACUGGCCGUGCCUCUCAAGCUGCUGCUUCAGCCACAGGCUGGCUCGUCCCAGGGCUCUGUAUCGGUAGUGAAAGUGUCAAACAUGUCUGAAGCUCAGUCCAGCGCCGGGGACCAGUCCCCCACUCCCUGCCCGGCCCGGGGCCCUGAGACCCGCCGGCUAGAGCACCAGCGCAAACAGGAGAAGGCCAACCGCAUCGUGGCCGAGGCGAUCGCCAGGGCCAAGGCGCGCGGAGAGCAGAACAUCCCGCGUGUGCUGAACCAGGACGAGCUGCCCUCCCUGGCUGCAGGGGGCGCUGCCGCAGCUGGGCCAGGGGGCGAGGACGGGGCGGGCGAGGAGGGGGCCACCGGCAAGAAGAAGAGCAGCAAGAAGAGGAGUUCCGGGGCCGCGUCCGGAACGGCAAGGGAGGAGGGCAAGCAGACAACCAAGAAGAGCAAGACUGCAGGGAGCAGCGGAGCAGCAGGGCCGGGGAGCAAGGCCAAGGGGAAAGUGAAAGCUAACACCAUCACGCCUGUCGCGGGCAAGAAGCGCAAGAGGAUUGGCUCCUCUGACAAUUCCGACGGAGAGCUGACUCCGCCCACUUCGCCGCGAGGAGAGGAAGACGAGAGUGCGAAGAGGCGCUCUAACCGGCAGGUGAAGCGUAGGAAGUACACGGAGGACCUGGACAUCAAGAUCACGGACGACGAGGAGGAGGAGGAAGAUGUGGACGUGACGGGUCCUGUCAAGCAGGAGCCAAUCACAGAGCCGCAGGCAGAGGGAGGAGAUGGGGUGCCCACAAUGCAGUUCUUCGUGGAGGACCCAAACGAGGAGGAUGCUACCAUUGUGGAUAAAAUCCUGUCCAUGAGACUCACCAAGAAAGAGAUCUGUCAAGGCCAGUACACCACCGUGGAAGAGUUCUUUGUCAAGUAUAAAAACUACUCGUACCUGCACUGUGAGUGGGCCUCUCUUGAACAGCUGGAACGAGACAAACGCAUUAACCAAAAACUGAAGCGCUUCAAAACCAAGGUGGCACAGAUGAGGCACCUGUUCCACGAGGAUGAGGACCCCUUCAACCCCGACUAUGUGGAGGUGGACAGAAUCCUGGAUGAGUCCCACAGUGUGGACAAAGACAACGGAGAGCCUGUGAUCUACUACCUGGUGAAGUGGUGCUCCCUGCCCUACGAGGACUCCACAUGGGAGCUGCAGGAGGAUGUGGACCAAGGCAAGGUGGAGGAGUUCAGGAAGAUCCAGGGGAGACAACCUAACCUCAAGAGAGUGCCACGCCCUGCCGCCAGUGCCUGGAAGAAGUUGGAGCUUUCCCGGGAAUAUAAGCAUGGGAAUUGUCUUCGUGAAUACCAGCUGGAAGGAGUCAACUGGCUGCUCUUCAACUGGUACAACAAACAGAACUGUAUCCUGGCUGAUGAGAUGGGUCUAGGGAAGACGAUCCAGUCAAUCAGCCUGCUGCAGGAGGUGUACAGCGCGGGGCUGCAUGGCCCCUUCCUCAUCAUCGCCCCUCUCUCCACCAUCACCAACUGGGAGAGGGAGUUCCAGACCUGGACCGACAUGAACACCAUCGUCUACCACGGCAGCCUGGCCUCCAGGCAGAUGAUACAGCAGUACGAGAUGUACUGCAAGGACGACAAGGGUCACCUGAUCCCGGGAGCCUACAAGUUCGAUGCUCUGAUCACGACUUUCGAGAUGGUGCUGUCUGACUGCCCUGAGCUGAGAGAGAUCGAGUGGAGGUGUGUGAUUAUCGACGAGGCACACAGACUCAAGAACAGAAACUGCAAGCUGCUGGACAGCCUCAAACACCUGGACCUGGAGCACAAGGUCCUGCUGACCGGCACCCCCCUGCAGAACACAGUGGAGGAGCUCUUCAGCCUGCUCAACUUCCUGGAGCCCUCGCAGUUCCCAUCCGAGACAGAGUUCCUCAAGGACUUCGGGGACCUCAAGACUGAGGAGCAGGUGCAGAAACUGCAGGCGCUGCUGAAGCCCAUGAUGCUGCGCAGGCUGAAGGAGGAUGUGGAGAAGAAGCUGGUUCCCAAGCAGGAGACCAUCAUUGAAGUGGAGCUCACCAACAUCCAGAAGAAAUACUACCGCGCCAUCCUGGAGAGGAACUUCAGCUUCCUGAGCAAGGGGCCUGGGCAGAGCAACAACGUGCCCAACCUACUCAACACCAUGAUGGAGCUGCGCAAGUGCUGCAACCACCCCUACCUCAUCACCGGUGCGGAGGAGAAGAUCCUGUCUGACCUGCGUGAGGUCUAUGACCCCCUGGCUCUUGAUUUCCACCUGCAGGCGAUGGUGCGCUCGGCAGGAAAGCUGGUCCUUAUCGACAAGCUGCUGCCCAAGCUGAAGGCCGGAGGGCACAAGGUGCUCAUCUUCUCUCAGAUGGUGCGCUGCCUGGACAUCCUGGAGGACUACCUGAUCCACAAGAGGUACCUGUAUGAGCGCAUUGAUGGGCGCGUGCGAGGGAACCUGCGCCAAGCUGCCAUUGACCGCUUCAGCAAGCCCGACUCGGACCGCUUCGUGUUCCUGCUGUGCACCCGAGCGGGGGGGCUGGGCAUCAACCUGACCGCUGCCGACACCUGCAUCAUCUUCGACUCUGACUGGAACCCCCAGAACGACCUGCAGGCCCAGGCUCGCUGUCACCGGAUCGGCCAGUCCAAGGCAGUGAAGGUGUACCGGCUCAUCACCAGGAACUCCUACGAGAGGGACAUGUUUGACAAGGCCAGCCUCAAGCUGGGCCUGGACAAGGCUGUGCUGCAGAGCAUGAGUGGCAAGGAGAAUAACGCCAACGGGAUCCAGCAGUUCUCUAAGAAGGAGAUCGAGGAUCUGCUCAGGAAAGGAGCCUACGCAGCAGUCAUGGACGAGGAGGACGAGGGCAGCAAGUUCUGUGAGGAAGACAUUGACCAGAUCCUUCAGCGCAGGGCCACCACCAUCACCAUAGAGUCCGAGGGGAAGGGCUCCACCUUCGCCAAGGCCAGUUUUGUGGCAUCGGAGAACCGGACAGAUAUCUCGCUAGACGACCCAAACUUCUGGCAAAAAUGGGCUAAGAAGGCCGAUCUAGACAUGGACACCAUCAACAGGAAGAACACCUUGGUGAUUGACACGCCGCGUGUCCGGAAGCAGACUCGUCAGUUCAGCACUCUGAAGGACGAUGACCCCGUGGAGUUCUCAGACCUGGACAGCGAGGAGGAGCGGCCACGCUCCCGCAGGCACGAGCGCCACCACGGGUACGGCCGGACGGAUUGCUUCCGGGUGGAGAAGCACCUGCUGGUGUACGGCUGGGGCCGCUGGCAGGACAUCCUGUCUCACGGCCGGUUCAAGCGGAGGCUGAGCGAGCGGGAUGUGGAGACAAUCUGCAGGACUGUGCUGGUGUACUGCCUGCUGCACUACCGAGGAGACGAGAACAUCAAGGGCUUCAUCUGGGACCUGAUCACCCCCUCCGAGAGCGGGCAGGCCAAGGAGCUGCAGAACCACUCAGGCCUGUCGAUCCCGGUCCCCCGUGGCAGGAAAGGGAAGAAGGUGAAAGCCCAGAGCACCUUCGACGUUCACAAAGCGGAGUGGAUCCGCCAGUACAACCCGGACUCUCUGUUCAUGGAUGACAGCUACAAGAAGCACCUGAAGCACCAGUGCAACAAAGUGCUGCUCCGGGUGCGAAUGCUGUACUACCUGAAACAGGAAGUGAUCGGGGACCAGGCAGAGAGGGUUCUGGGAGGAGCCGACGCCAGGCAGAUCGGUAUUUGGUUCCCAGAGGUGGAUCAGUUGGAGCUGCCGGCUCGCUGGUGGGACGCAGAGGCAGACAAGUCCCUCCUCAUCGGGGUAUUCAAACAUGGCUACGAGAAGUACAACACCAUGCGCGCUGACCCCUCCCUGUGCUUCUUGGAGAGAGUAGGCCGUCCCGACGAAAAAGCCAUCGAGACAGAGCAGAGGGGGGGAGACAAUUUCGGGGACCUGGGAGAGGGUGGUGAUUUUGACAAGUACACAGAGGACCCAGAGUACAAACCCAUUCAGGGCAUGUCAAAGGAACAGGAUGAAGAGGGAGACUCCAUGAUGCUGGAUGAGGAGAUCUCUGUGGUGGACGGGGAUGAAGGUCACAUGGCCCAGACGGGUGCAGUGUAUUGGCCAGCUGGCUCCGCGCUGACGGCUCGGCUCCGGCGCUUGAUCACAGCGUACCAGCGCAGUUACCGGCGCGAGCAGCUCAAGAUGGAGGCCGCGGAGAAAGGAGACCGCCGGCGCCGCAGGUGCGAGGCAGCUUACAAACUGAAAGAGAUCGCACGCAGGGAGAGACAGCAGAGGUGGACCCGGCGGGAGGAGUGUGAUUUCUACCGUGUGGUCUCCACCUUCGGAGUGGAGUUCUCUCCAGCGCACGGGCAGUUCGACUGGCGCCGCUUCCGCUCCUUCGCUAGGCUGGACAAGAAGACGGACGACAGCCUGGUGCGCUACUACCACGGCUUCCUGGCCAUGUGUCGGCGCGUCUGCAAGCUGCCUCAGCCUCCGGGACAGGGUAAGAGAGACCAGAGCAGGACCAUUGCCCUGAUCACAGAGGAGCGAGCCUCGCGCACCCUUUACAGAAUAGACCUGCUGCGCAAGAUCCGUGAACAGCUGCUUCCCCACCCUGCCCUGGACCAGCUCCUAGCCUCUCUCGCACAGCCCAGUCCCGAGCUCCCAGACUGGUGGCAGAGCCCUCAGCACGACAGGGAGCUCCUGCUGGGGGCGGCCAAACACGGAGUGAGCAGGACCGACCAAACCAUCCUCCCUGACCCAGAGUACAGCUUCCACCAGGCACGGCUGGCAUACCUGCAGCAGCACCAGCUCCAGUCCAGGAGCUCCACCCCUCAGCAGCAGCAGCUGCAGCAGAGUUCCAACCCCGCCUCCCCAUUCCAGGACACUCCCAGCAGUGGGUGGGGCUUGGAAUGUGAGAAGGAUUCUAAAGGGGACGGCCUAGCUCAGGAGGUGUUGUGUAGUGGAAGUGAGGGCAGUUUUCCUGACAGCAGUAGGGCGGUGUUUUCCGGGAUGUCUGGGAAUUCCACCCCCCUGCUUCUGCCCCCGCGUUCCCUGUUCCAGAAGGAAAGGGAUGGGAAGAGGAGAGACGAUUCCGAUUCGGAUACAGACUCUGAUAAGGAAGACUGUUCAUCCUCGACGUCUUCCAAUAAUUCUGGGUCGUCUGAUGAAAGUGAUACAGAGAAGGAAGGGAAGAUGGGGAGGGAGCCCAAGCUCUUUGACCCUGACGAGGAUGGCAGUGUCCCUUCCCAGGACGGCUUUGCCAGCGAGGCCGGGCCAGAGCACACGGUGCUGGAGAUGCUGCAGGACAAGCAGAGAGCCAGCGAGUGGCCCAAGGACCGUGUGCUGAUAAACCGCUUGGACAUGCUGUGCUCGGCCGUGCUGACUGGACGCUGGCUGGCCAGCCGCAGAGUGACCCCCGAGCUGGGGAGCCCUUGUCUGGACGAGCCCCGCUCCUCCUCCCCCUCCCCUCACAGCUUCACCAGACUGAUCCCAGAGGACCCCGAGUUCACUGUGAGACUGAGACACGAGGAGGGCUUGAAGUUGACCAUUCAGAAGCAGAGUCUGCACCACAAUGGCACCCUGGCAGAACGGUCCCACCAGAGGGGGGGACGAGGGAGGGGCGCUCAGGCAGAAGGUCCGUCCCAGGACUCCCCCUUCUCGGACCCGCAGGCCCGUGUCCCAGUGAUCCACUCCCUCACUCGCUCGGUGCUGGUUGGGCAGGACGCCCCCAGACGCAGCGAGCUCUCCGACUGGCUCAAAGAGCACCCCGAGUAUGAGGUGGAGCCCCAGGCCCUGUCGUUCCUGGCAGGGAGUCACAGACACAAGAAGCACCGCAGUAAGAAGAUCUCUAAACUGGAACCCGGGACCCUGAGCGGAGCAGAGAGGGUGCAGCUGGUCCACCUGCGCAGCGGCAGAAAGCUGGGGGGUGCGUUCGCCCCCUCUCUCCGGGGUCUCCGGCAGUGUCUGGAGGAGAAUCCGGACUAUGUCGUCUCCGCAGACUGGGCUGAGUUAGUCAGGCACUCGGGUUAUCUCCCUGACUCCAUGUUUGAUCGAAUUCUCACCCAAGACAUCAAAAAGUCCAGCAGACGCCCCAAACAGACUCCUCGUGCUCACAAACACCACGGCAACAGCAGUCGCCAUGACGACAGAAUCAUCAAACUGGAACCCACUUCUCUCAACUCCACAGGAGGGCUCCCCUUGCUGCCAGAUGGCUCAAAUGCAGGCAGCUACCAAACGGAGGGAAACAGACAUCCCCACUAUCACCGUGACAGCAGCUCUGCUCCUUCCCCUGUCUUGCCACGUCACAUCCUGUCGCCGCCUUAUGGUGUCAAGAUGGAGGCGGAGCUGGAGGGUGGAGCCCUGGAGGUGAUUGACUGCAGCGAUAGCCUAUCGCAGGGCUACGCUAGCUCCGAUAAAGAUUUGUCUCUGCUAGAUGAUCCUAUGAUGCCUAAUAAUUCAGAAUCAAGCGAAGGUGAAGAUUGAUCUGCUUGAUUUAAUGAUUUUUUUCGGGGGAGGGGGGGGUGGGGGACACCACAUUUUUAUUUAUUUCUUUUUUGGUUUAGUUCAGAGAACUUGAAGUGGUUUCUCAGAACCAGGAGACGAGGUGCAAAAAAAUGACUGAGAACCAUUUUAUUUGGCUUUUUUGUUUAAUGUUUUGAAGCGGAGGGUUUAGAUUUGACAAGUUGACCUUUUAAACCUUCAACAGUACUGUAUUUAUUUGGUGGGUGUACAAAGGAGAGAGUUUGUAAUGUGUUUUUUUCUUUAAGCCAGUGUCCCAAGCAAGUGUAUUUGAGUAUGUUUCUUUAUUUUUACGUAGGGGAUGGGGUGUGUGUGUGUAUAAUGAACUCAAACAAACACAGAGAUAGCUUAAUAGGUAUUUAUAUACAAAACAAACAUUUAAGGAUUUAAGAAGGCUGCAAUAUUAUGGUCAAUUAACUGAAAUUUCUCAAUAGGUGAGAAUAUGCACACCUUAAAAUUGUAAUACAAAACACAUUGUAGAACGUCUAAUAAAGAAACUUAGAAAAUUAAGAAACGUUUGUCAUUGAAUUAAGUUUCUUUUAGUAUUUCUAAAUUCAGCCCUAUUGAUAAAUAGUUACAGAUGACAAACUUCAAAGGAGUCCAGUCCAGCUCUUUGAAUGUAUUGGCUUGUGCCGCCUUUACAUCUGCAGUGAAACCUGAUCAAGAAUCCAUGGAUAACUUACCAACUUCAGUAAUAGAUUUCUCAAACUUGGGACUCCUAAAAAUCGGAUUCUAAAAAUGUGUGGGCCACUGAGGCAUGAUCUGCUGUAAAGCCAUAAAUAUUUGCGAGCCUUAUGCAUUUUUUGCAUGUUUUAAAAAAAAUAAAUACAAUUUUGGCACAAUCAAAUUCCACAAACACAUACUUCUUAUUGCAACAGGUCACCAAUAUUGCUGGAGCAAAAUAAUUUUUAUGGGUGUGAUUCACCAAAUAUUUUGGUUGCAAAUGUUUAUGGCUUUACAGUACCUUAUUUGUACCUUGUAACUUACUUUUGAUUGCAAUAGGUUUUCACAGUCUGAAUUCAGCUUCCUAAUUUUAUUUUCAUGAAUUAUUGUCAUUAAUUUCUCACUGAUUUCCAUCCUGGGUUAGUCUUGGGGAAAUGGAAAGACUGCCUGUUUCUCUCCCCCUCCUCGAUGUUUCUAUUGUACUUUGUUAAUCACCAUCUUUGUCAUAUAGAAUUUCAUAAGAGGCUUUUAAAUAAGCUACAAAGAAAAACUAGAACAAUAUUAUGAUGUUCGAUAAUAAUAAUGUACCGGUUCAGUGCCGUGUGCCUCUGAUUUAAAGUGCAUACAGAUCACAUCAGCUCGUACAGAUCACAUCAGCGCGCAAAGUCUUCCUUCAGUCCGUUGAUAUUGUUAAUACUUGAUGUACUUAAGGGUGAAAAUAGCCAAGGACUUAUAUUUUAGUUUUUUUUUUUUUUUUUUUUUUUCUUGACACCCUCUCCCCAAGAUCUCUUCAGUUGGUAACCACCCCCCCCUCCUCUCAGCUGUAGAAUCCUGAGCUAGCGUGGGUUAGGGUGCGAGUACAUACUGUACCAUGUAUGAAGACUGUUUGCAAUGUACUGUAUAUAUGCUGUUUAUAAAGACAAAGAAAUAAACAAAAAAAUACA